AUAAAUCCCCUCAUUUAACUACCAACAGUAUCAUUUACAAAACCGUUCCCAAUUUCUCUAGCUAAUCAUUUCUUCCACUUCACAUAUCUAAUUUUCUGUUUCUUUCACGUCUUGAUAAUCAUCUCCCCGUUGUUGAUCUACAAGCCAUCAUGAAGCAAAGGAUCGAGGUGAAGGUAACUAUCAAGAACGAUAAAGGCCGUUCAAAAGCUAUGCAGAUUGUUGCUGGAAUAGAGGGUGUGAGCUCGGUAACGCUAGGAGGAGAAGAUAAGAACAUACUAAUUGUGAUCGGAGAUGGCGUGGAUGCAGUCACCUUGACACAAGCAUUGAUCAAGAAACUCGGAGGCGCCACCUUGGUGAGGGUGGGACCACUUAAUGAAUACGGUCGAUUUGAUGAUCAAGAAGAAGCUGCAGCAUCCAUGGUUUAUGUUGGUCAAUCAAAUAAUUACGGGGACUAUAGUUAUGGUCAACCAAGAUAUAGCUACUACAAUUCGCCGAGGUAUCCUCCUCCUUACUAUGAUCAAUAUUAUCAGCAGCCUGAUAAGUGGUGAUUCAAGCUUUACAAGAGGAGGCCGAAUGUAUGUUAAUUCCUUGAUUGUGAAUAGGUUUUGUCGCCCAAAUCCACCUGUUGUUCCAUCAACUUGUGUCGAGAUUUUAAUCAAGAUUAGUGAGUGCUUGUUUCUUGAUACUGCAUGUGUAAUGUAUAUCACGAUACUUUGGUUUAUUGUCUUCACAUGAAUUUUUGCAUUCAAUUUUUCCCGUAAAGUUAUUAAGUUUGACUCUUGUAAUAGGAGUAGCAUUUUGUUAGAUUUCCUGUACACCUGAAUGUAACAAAAAUCUCCAUCAAUAAAAUUCUUCCAUCUAAACAAGAAAUAA